UUAAUAUUCCAUUGUAUCGGUGCCUGAAGUUAAGUUAGAACUCCCCUACGAAAUUUCUCAGGCGCCAAAACAAACGAACACAAAUAAAGCUCCAACGCUGGCUUCCUAGAAGCUUACCUCGGAAAGCUCCAACCUUCAUCGAUGGCGGCCUCGUCGCCAGCUCCGUCCCACAAUACCACCGCCCCCGCCGCAUCCCACAACUCCUCGCACCGUACGGACACGCCGCCGAAGACCCUCCGUGGGCUCAACAAGCCUAAGUGUCAGAUAUGCGGCAAUGUUGCUCGCUCCAGGUGUCCAUUCAAGUCAUGCAAGAGUUGCUGUUCAAGAGAUCAAAAUCCUUGUCCCAUUCACGUUUUGAAAGCAAGUGCAACUGUUCCAGACAAGACAUCGAGGGCAAGCACUCCCAUGUUCGACCAACAAGUAUCUGAGGCAUCUCCCUCUGGGUCUUCAUUUAGAGUUGCAUCACUUCGGCAGCUUUCCAACAAUUUUGCCCAGUUCAAUAAUGUGCAAAUCCCACUCCGUUCGAGAAAGCCACUGACUAAAAAGGAUGCUGCAGCGAUUAAUGAAUGGAGAUUUUCCAAGUUAAAGGAAUACAGGGACAGAAACGUUGAAGUGGAGGAUGAAGCUUUUGACCGAUACAUGCAUAAUAUUAGUUUACUUGAAGAAGUUUUUUCUGUGAAAUCUAUUCUUGAAGGAUCCAUUGAAGACGGGUCAUCUGUUUCAAACCCUAAACCUACUUCUAUGGAGGCCAACACUGAGACAAUGGUCUCGAGACUGAAGUUGCAGCUAAGAUCAAACUCAAUAAGAAAAGAUAACUUCAGGAGGAGGAUUAAACAAAUUGUUGAUGAGGGAUUAAAAGAGCUUCAGAAGCCUGAUUUGGAUGAUGCCAUUAAUGAACCAAAUGACCAAGAUGAACAAAAUGAAGGAACAAAAAGGGCCAAAAUUUCGAAGACUGAGAAGGCAUCGACUAUAAGUGAUCUUAUUGAUAAGUUGAACAAAGCCCGAAAUGAAGAGGAUCUUAAAUCUUGCUUGGAGAUGAAACUACAGCUAUUUAAUCAGGACACAGUAUCUAAUCAAACAGGAAUUAAAGAUGCAUCCCUGGAGGAUCAGACUCCUAUAAUUGAUUCAGAACCCAGAAAAAAGUUUCAUUAUUCUUUGAAAAAAUUGAUUAGCACGACAGAUAUUGAUCAAGAAACUCUCAGCAGGAUCGAUUCGCAUUUCUCAUCCCUUGAGCAGAUAGAAAAUUUAUGAUUUGUUGGAAGGGAUUUUCAAUUGGGGAAAAGAGUUAAGGCUGGAUGAUAGGAUACUCUUUGAUGUGAAUUUCUGCAAUUUUAUAAAGGAAGAUGCCACCGACAUGAUGGUCUAGAGAAGCAGGUUCCCAUUGCUUUUAUAUUUACACAUUUGGUUGUUUUCCUGAGAUUUCCACAAGGUUCUGUUAGUUUUGACUUUUCUAAA